UCCCGUGCCCCGCGCGCGCCUUGACUGCUCGCAGCUGCCACUCACGGUGUCCGCGCGGGACCCGCGGAAAGGGGGCGGCGCUGAGCUUGCCCGGGAACCUCGGCUGGAGCCGCCCCUCGCGCGCCAGGGUUUGGGGGGCUUCCGGGAAGACGCCAGGCCUCCCGAGCAAGCAGAGGCUGCUGCGGCGCCCUCGUGCCAGCCCCGGGUGCUCACGUGCCGGCUUGCUGCGGGCCCGGCCGGUGAGCGGGGAGCCCGGCAGUUCCCUUAGUGCGUCCUGCGGCCGCGAGAGAUGAAGGCCACCCCCGCAGGGCUCUGAUCUCCGGCGCGCCCAAGUCCCCUGCCGCGUGCCCCUCACCAUGACCGGCUCCGCCGCGGACACUCAUCGCUGCCCCCACCCGAAAGGUGCCAAAAGCACCCGGUCCCGGAGCAGCCACGCGCGGCCAGUAAGCCUCGCCACCAGCGGGGGCUCGGAGGAGGAGGACAAAGACGGCGGGGUGCUGUUCCACGUGAACAAGAGUGGCUUCCCGAUCGACAGCCACACCUGGGAGCGGAUGUGGCUGCAUGUUGCCAAGGUCCACCCCAAAGGGGGAGAGAUGGUGGGCGCCAUCAGAAACGCUGCCUUCCUGGCUAAGCCUUCAAUUCCCCAGGUCCCAAACUACAGGCUGUCCAUGACGAUCCCAGACUGGCUCCAGGCCAUCCAGAAUUACAUGAAGACUCUACAAUACAAUCAUACAGGGACCCAGUUCUUUGAAAUCAGGAAAAUGAGACCUCUGAGCGGGUUAAUGGAAACAGCGAAAGAGAUGACCCGAGAAUCCUUGCCUAUCAAAUGCCUUGAGGCAGUCAUUCUGGGCAUAUAUUUAACCAAUGGGCAGCCUUCCAUCGAGCGGUUCCCCAUCAGCUUUAAAACCUAUUUCUCAGGAAACUACUUUCACCAUGUCGUGCUGGGGAUUUAUUGCAACGGUUACUAUGGCUCAUUGGGCAUGAGCCGAAGGGCUGAGCUGAUGGACAAGCCGCUGACCUUUCGGACUCUGAGUGACCUUGUCUUCGACUUUGAAGACUCCUACAAGAAAUACCUGCACACAGUCAAGAAGGUCAAAAUUGGGCUGUAUGUCCCCCAUGAGCCUCACAGCUUCCAACCCAUUGAGUGGAAGCAGCUGGUCCUCAAUGUCUCGAAGAUGCUGAGGGCUGACAUAAGGAAGGAGCUAGAGAAGUACGCCCGGGACAUGCGGAUGAAGAUCUUGAAACCGGCAAGUGCCCACUCUCCAACCCAAGUGAGAAGCCGGGGAAAAUCCCUGUCUCCCCGAAGGAGGCAAGCAAGCCCCCCAAGGAGGCUCGGCAGGCGAGACAAGUCGCCCGCUCUCCCUGAGAAGAAGGUGGCUGACCUCAGUACUCUGAAUGAAGUGGGCUAUCAAAUCCGGAUCUAGCCAGCCAGGCUGGCGAGGUUUCUAUGGUGCUCUUUUCUGCACAUUAUCCAGCAGCUUCAGGAGGACCUGCAAGUAUUCACGAAGAACUUGUGGAGUUUUGAUUUUGAAGGACUUACCUGGAAACAGAAUCUGAGUGGGUGGAAAUGGUGAGCUUUGAAACUCUCUGGGCAGUGGGCAUGACUGGGCUGAUGUGAUGGACAGGCCCCUGGGUUGACUGUCUCCCUCACUCAGGACCUCAAGGACAACACUGCAGUUUUCUAUUUUUCCAUGUGUGACUGUUCCACUUGCUUUGGACAUUAUGCCUCAGCUGUAGUAAACGUCUGGAGUUCUCUCCUACUCUUUGUAACUCAGUCAGUGUUCCCGUCUUCUCAGCAAUAACACGCAAAGAUGGUGGGUUUUUUUAAGCAGUUGAUAUUACCUCAACAUUUUGGCAUCAUAUAUGCAAUCUUAAUGAGUUUUUAUAUUCUAUUUGUAUUGUUUUCUUAGUGUUUCUUAUAGGGAUCUUGAUGGUUUGUUGGGUUUUUUUCUGGUGCACACAUGAGAUGUGAUUUAAGGUGUCAUAUGCAAAUGCUUUAGCAAAAAGCACUGAAAUUCUGGCAAUAAGGGACAACACUUUAGGAUCUUGGAGUCACUUUUCCUAAAGCAUCUGCUGACGGCAGGUUUUCCUCUUUCGAGCAAGAGUGCCAAGAACAAGCGUCCAUGUUCUGUUGCUAACAUUAAAGCUUUUCUGAAUCCAGCGAAAAGCACAAGAGGCCAUGCACUCACGAAAAUGUCCUCAGGCAGGAAGGUGCUCAAAAAGGCAGACACUGGUGGCUAAUCUUUCGUUCACACUUGGUCAGCCUUGGUUCUGAGGGGUUCGUUGUUGGUGUUCUGCUGUCUUACAUUAAGGCAAAUGUGAUGAUGGACUAUUUCCCACUAGCCUGUUUUUAGGCAGCACUUCGUGACAUUAGGAAGUGCUGGGGAAAACCAUGAACUCAAGAAGCAGGCCUGUCUCAAAGGAAAGGGUCCAGCACAGUGCUGUGCCUCAGUGGGCCUCAGGCCUGCCUGUGGCCACUGCAGCACAGCUUCUGCUUGCAGACCACGAAGCUGGAGCUGAAGGCAUGCAAGACUACUAUAAAUCUGGAGUACAGCUUUAAGUCAUUUAUCUUAGUGCUGCCCCUGGGCCAGAGGACCAGCUGGUCCACAGAGCUCUCAGCAUGUGUCCCUCUGGCUGUGACUGACAGUUUAUGAGACACCGUUAACUGACCACUCACUGAGUCUUCACCAGGAAAACCUAGGGCCACAAGAGGCAAAAAGCCGUGGCCACAAAAAUUCAUUCAUUCCACCCUAAAGCCAGCAUUAUUAAUGACAAGUGUUGUUUUCUUGGAAAUGUUUAAUGUCCUUUAGUGAACAAGACCAGGAAAUUAAAACACAGUGUAAGCUUCAAAUUCUGAACGUAAUUGCUUUCUUCAAGAACCCUGUUAUCAGAGUUGAAGAUGGGGCCUGGGCGAGUGCUCACGCUCUGCUCUGACCUCAGGGCCCAAGGAAGCAGCUUUCUUCCAUGUGCCCUCACACGCCGUCACAGCUCUCACACACUAUUUCACUCUUGCUUAGCUGGUUCUCCCCCGAAACUGCUCCGCCUGGUACGUGGACCGAUCAGAAUUCGAUGAUACGGCCGAGUGCCUGCAGCUAGCUGCCUUGUUCAAGGACAGCUCACAGGAAAAGAACGUCAACCAAUGAGUGGGACAACCUUGACCCAUGACAAGGCAAAGAACAGCACCCAGCUGUCCCUGAGUGUGACACUUGGUCACUUAAUCUUCUCCCACAACCACUUCCUGAUUUUUAGAUUCAUUUUCCAAAGCAAGGUUAGUCACAGAAACAUUUAAAAUGCUGUCAUUCAGUUUUACUCUCUGUAGUUACACUAACUUCUAAAAAUAGAACGAAGUCACAAACGCCUAAAUUCUAAUGCAACAGUUUAAUUAAAUAAUAAUAUGGCAAAAACGAACCCAGUGUGUUUUACCUUUCCUCAGCCUAGCUGUGAUUUGAUAAAGAGAAGUAUGAGGUGACUUGAGCAAGUUUAUCCUAUGCACGGGGGCAAGAUGUGCAGAGCUGAAUGACAAGCCUCAAGCUGACUGUUGAUUUUGAAAGGUGAUCCCAGGUGUUUUCUGUACACUGGAAUCAUGAGUACAUCCCUGUUUCUGAGUCAGCUAUUUCAUAGGGCAUCCUCAGCAGACAUGAAUAAAGGCCUUUGCAACCCUUCAGCUUAUUAUACAAGGUUUUCUUUUGUAUGCUAGACUUUUAUGUAUGACCCUGUACAGUUUUUGACAUACAAUUCAGACUCUUGUUUAUUCUUUAUUCUGGUCAAUACAUCUAAAAAAAAUAUUUCAGAAGAACCGUGAUUGUUUUAGUGAGUAUUUUUCUAAGUCCACGAAGAUUUGAUCAUAUUCUAAGAAUGCCAGGAGUGCAUGUUUCAUUCAUGCUUGCAUUUCUCUCAUCAUAUGUUGGACACAGCAUGGAACUGUAAUAAAAACCAUUCUGGAAAUUGAAGGACUUUGA